UUUAAUGUUUCCGACGCAAAUAUUAUUGAGUCUCUUUUCGUUGAAAUUUUCAUUGCACGACAUAAAAAUAGGGUAAUUGGAGUUAUUUAUCGCCCUCCUUCUGAAAACACUCUGGAAUUCAUAGAGAAAAUUAUCUCAGGUGUUACCAAAGGCAAUAAGCAUUGUUAUAUAACUGGUGAUUUUAAUUUGGAUGUACUGAAGCAUGAAUCUCAUUCAGUCACUGCUCAAUUCAUUGAAUCGCUUUUUUGCUUUUGGUUUUCUGCCAGUGAUUACAAGACCCACAAGAAUUACAGCACAUUCCACGACGCUUAUAGACAACAUUUUUACGAACAAUACUACAGUAUCCUCAUAAAGUGGUUUGAUCAUAAGUGA